UUGUGUUUGUUUGAAGGAAAAUGUACUCAAUUUCAAAAGCUGUGAACCCGCGUUUGUCAGGCUUGGCGAAAGCCAUUAGAUCAGGUUUCGGUCAACCAAAGCGUAUGCAUUCAGCCAUUCGGUCUAAUAUCAGACGAAAUAUUUCAAAUACUAUUUCGGAGAAUCAUUCCAAGUCACAUUACCCAUCGAUUUUCGUGUUCAUGACCGCAACUGUGAUCAAAGCUGCCGGUGAUGGUUUGCAGGAAAUCCUUUCUGCUACGGAUGGAAUGUACGAACGACAAGAUUUCGAUGGAAUCAUUUCGAGAUUGUCCCAGCUGAAGAAAGAAAAAAUAGUUGAGGUUAACUGGCGAUUGGCGAGAGCUUUAUACGAGGUUAGCAAAACGAAGUCUGAACCCGAGAAACAAGAAAUGUUGAAGGAAGCCUUGAUUUUGACGGAAGCUGCGUAUGAAAUUGACGCUAAUAAUUUUGCUGUUCACAAAUGGUUGUCAAUCUUGGUGGACGCCAUGAGUAAUUAUGGUGGGCUAAAACAGCGGAUCAUUGAAUCCAAGCGUGUUUUGUUUCACAUGCAGAGGAUCACGUGCUUCUCUGUCGCUGACAUCCCGUGGUAUCAGAGGAAAGCUGCGAGUACUUUCGUCGCAACACCUCCGGAAUCAAGUUUCGAAGAAGCAUUGUCGCAUUUUUCGCGCGCUGAAAAAGUCGAGCCGAAUUUCUACAGCAUGAACUUGCUGUACAUUGGUAAGGUGUACUUGAAGCUGGGAAAGAAAGAUGAAGCUCGUCCUUAUCUGGAGCGUGCCGCAUCAUAUCAUAUCGUCACCGAUGACGACAAAAAGGGGAAUGGUGCAACGACAUCGACUGACAACAUCAUGGAUCUCGCGCAGACAAAGAAAGACUGGCUCAAGAUCGAUGCCAAGUUCAUCGCUCUGUUUGUUGCUGUCCUGGUGUCUUUCGCUAGCUGUCUGAUAUUCCAUCUGUUCUUUGUUGCGUCUUUCAAGCCCUUGUACGCCUAUCAGCCCAUUCAAGGCUCGCAUAUGCUUAAGGAACCUGUGAAAGAGCAGAAAACGAUAGUUGCCGAGAGGAGCAGGAUAUAUUUUAUGGACACCUCCUUAGUGGACCAGCAAGAUUUCAAAUUCACGUUGUCUUCCGCGUGCGCUGUGGAAUCAACGGCAAAACAAAAUCCUGGAAGUUACAUUCACUUCCUGGUUUUCGGGAAAUCCGGAUUUGAUCGCAAGGAUGACUUGACCUCGAUUGUUUCACGACUUCCCAACGUGAUCCUAGAAGCAAUGCCUGUGCUUGACUUCGUGCGUAAUUCCAGCUUGAUCCCCGUCGUGGAAGAGCUCAUGCAGGAAAUAAAAAAUGGAACAAGUACGAGGGAACAAAAGUACGAACUAAGCAGAUACUUGGGAGACGUGCUGCGGUUUUACUUGCUUCUCGUACGCGGAGGAAUUUAUUUGGACCAGGACAUCAUAUCCCUCAAUGCUCUGAAAGGGUUUCGGAAUGCAGUGGGUUGUCAACAACAUUUCUGGGAGUUUCCGCCUGCCCUGAAGUGCCGACGGGUGAAUUCAGGGGUUGUGGCCAUGGACGCAAACCACAGGGUGGCCCGAACCAUUGUCGAUUACUAUUCUUUUGCUGAAGUGAACAAAAGGCGCCCGAGGAAUGGAAACAGCGUUUUGAACGAUGCUCUGAGACAUUGUCGAAACACAGCAGAUGCUUCGUGUUUAUUCGCGCACUCGCAUUUGAACGGAAACGUGUUGCGCUCGCCAGCUGGGGGUGGGUUGUUUACGACGUGCAUGUGCGUUUUCAGUUGCGACGCAGCUGGCGCGUUAUUUCCCCGACUGUGGUCGUUGUGGGAUCAUGUGCAUGUAAUUCGUAUUCAUGUCGACACCAAAGAUAAAUGGUUCAGUUUCUCUCUUCUGUCAGAAUUGGAAGAUUUGGUUUAUUAUCUGUUUGCUGAUCUUCGUGGAGACUUGAACACGUAUUACAUAACGUGUGAAACUGGAGCGUUGGAAGGGCAAGUUCAUCGGCGUUAUGGAACCCUUGUGUCGUUGAGUGAGCAAAACCUUGUCGACUGCUCGACUCCGUACGGUAAUCAGGGUUGUAACGGUGGUUUGAUUGACUACGCGUUCAAGUACAUCCUGGACAACGGAGGAAUUGAUUUGGAGAAUUAUUAUCCAUACAUCGGCGAAGAUGAAGAUUGCAAAUUCAAAUCUGAGUACGUUGGGGCAACUGACAGUGGAUUUGUGGAUAUUCCGGAGGGCGACGAAUUAGCUUUGCAAAAGGCGGUUGCGGCUGUUGGUCCGGUUUCUGUAGGUGUGGAUGCAUCGCAUGAAUCAUUCCAGUUCUACGCAAGUGGUAUUUAUCACGAACCAAAUUGUUCACCUGACGACAUUGACCACGCCGUGUUGGUGGUUGGAUACGGAACUGAUGAAGCCUCUGGUAAGGAUUAUUGGCUGGUGAAGAAUUCCUGGGGAACUUCAUGGGGCGAGCAAGGCUACAUCAAAAUCGCACGCAAUGCAGGAAAUCAUUGCGGUAUUGCCUCCGAUGCAUCGUAUCCGCUUUUGACGCAUGGUAAGAAUUACGAGACUCCGAUGGAGGAUAAAUUCCGGAUGAAGAUUUUCAUCGAGAACAGGCAUCGCAUUGCCAAGCAUAACAUGGAUUACGCCAUGGGGAACGUAACGUUCAAGAUGGCCGUGAAUAAAUAUUCGGACAUGCUUCCGCACGAAUUCCGUCAAACGGUGAAUGGGUUCCGUGGCGAUUUGCUGAAGAACAGGGUUUCACUUGGUAGCUUCUUUGUUGAGCCCGCUGACUUUGAAGCCCCCAAAACUGUGGAUUGGCGGCUGAAGGGAGCUGUUACACCUGUGAAGGAUCAGGGGCAAUGUGGAUCAUGUUGGUCGUUCAGCUCCACCGGAUCAUUGGAAGGGCAGCAUUUCCGCAAGACCGGAAAACUCGUGUCCCUCAGCGAACAGAACUUGAUUGAUUGCUCGACUAAGUAUGGCAAUGAUGGUUGCAAUGGCGGACUUAUGGAUCAAGCCUUCCAAUAUGUGAAGGACAAUGGUGGCAUUGACACUGAGAAGACUUACCCCUACGAAGCCGAGGACGACAAAUGCCGAUACAAUCCCAAGAAUUCCGGUGCCACGGAUUCUGGUUUUGUUGAUGUUCCUGCUGGAGACGAGAAGGCUUUGAUGAAGGCGAUCGCAUCCGUGGGACCCGUUUCGGUUGCCAUUGAUGCCUCCCACGAAUCGUUCCAGUUCUACUCCGAAGGGGUGUAUGAUGAGCCGGAGUGCAACCCGCAAAACUUGGAUCAUGGUGUUCUUGCUGUCGGCUACGGAACUGACGCCAAAACGGGACAAGAUUUCUGGUUGGUCAAGAAUUCAUGGGGAACCACUUGGGGAGAUAAGGGAUACGUGAGGAUGUCCCGGAAUAAGGACAACCAAUGUGGCAUUGCUUCUUCUGCUUCAUAUCCGCUUGUUUGAAGCCUGAAAGCGUUUUGACACUCAUCAAGAUGGAACCGAUUUGAUUUUCGACGAAUUCACCACCUGAUGACGAUUUUCGGACUUUCUGUUGCCUUUUUGGGGAAAUUGAUUCAGGAAAAUGUGUUUGAACGACUUGGCCUCUUGGUAAAUACGGCUUCUGUUGAAUGCGAGAGAGAUAUACUGUGCUGUAGUGUGAGGAAGGUGAUGACAGCGAAAUUUGGCAAUCACCCCUCGGUGAAAUCGCGAGCAUUUUCGAGCCACGGAAGAAAAAUUUGACAGGUACAAGAACGGGAGAGAUGGCUGUUGAAUAUUUUGUUUAUAGAGUGGUUCUCUGAAUUCUUUCAGAAAUUCAAACCAUGUCCUUUUUGAAGUACUGUACAUCGCCCUUUUCGUUUUUAUUUGCGAGUGAAGGUUUUGUGAAUAAAGCCGUAUGUGACUUUCUUA